UCCACCAAAUGCAAAAGAAGCAAAUAUUCGUUUCUGAUUGUAUCCGCUUAGAAUAAUUUGCGCCAUCGUUCCGUUGUGAUGCUUGCAUGAUGCAAGCGUUUGUACCCAAAAACAGAAGACCGAGAUUUGAUCUCAAGCUAAGCAUUAUCGAUCUCAACAAUGUUCCCUUGGUCUGUGGAACAUCAUAUGUAAAAUGGCACCUGCCAUCGUCAACAUCCGCAGAACAUCGCGGCCAUACUGACCGCGCUGUCAUUCAAGACCAUCAGGCAUCAUGGGAAUAUGAAAAGACUCUGCCUGUCAAACUCACGAUAGACCGCAACCAUAUGCUUCAGGAAUGCGAAAUAUCAUUCGAAAUAUUUCAAGAGUUCUCGUCAGGCAGUCGUGGUGAUCGCAUGACCUUGGGGAAUAUCAAGCUCAAUCUUGCCGAAUAUGUUGAUAAAAGCGACGACGAGCAGGGCAUUGUGAGGCGUUAUUUGAUGCAGGAUAGCAAAAUUAAUAGUACACUCAGAGUGGGAAUACUGAUGAAGCAAAUCGAUGGGGAUAAGAACUUUAUUGCCCCGAGUUUGAAAACGGCCAUGGUGUUCGAAGGGAUUGCUGGGAUUUUACCACCAGAAAAUAUUGAAAAUGAAGGGCCCGGUAGUCUGCCGUCGAUCAACAUCAGUAGGGAGACUGGCGACCUGCAGGAUAUGUAUCGCCGGACAUUGGCAGCCUCAUGGACUUGCCAUAGGGAUGAGCUCUUGCCAGAUCAGCUAAUCGAGGACCUCUUCGGCGGUGGGCUCGGAUAUCCUUCUACUAGAUCGAGUGCCCGCUCAGAACGUAUAUUAGACGAUUUUGAUGACAGUAUCAGCGACACGGGGUCUCGUAUGACUAUUCAAGAUCUUGGAACAUCGCCGAAUCCGGAGAAACGACCAAAGAGUUCCUUGAGUAACCAUUCACGGCAGGAUCUUAAAGAUACAGAUAGCACUUUAAGUGGCAGCACUAUUAGCGGUGGUGGCCGCGGCAGCUUGGAGAGUUCUUUCCAAGAAACCAAAGAGAGACGAUGGCGAAACCCGCGACGAACCCAUGAGAUAUCUGAAUUUGAUGUUCGAGAUGAUUUAAGAACAUGGGAGAUCACCGUAAACGAUUGAAGGGAUGUAUUUUGGUGAAGGAUUUGACGAAUAUAAGAUUGUUUAAUAAAACAGAGGCUCCUCUGACUGGGGUAUAUUGGACCAUGAUUGAUUACAGCCAAACCUCGCGGUUUGGUCAUUAUUGGCU